UAUCAUUCUUUACCCUCUUCCAACUGCGAUCGGUUUACCUAGCUAGAGCAAAAUAAGUUAUUGUCUGAACCACAGUCAGAGUUCAUUAAUCAAACAUUCCCCCCUUUCCCUCUCCAUUGAAAGGUUUCCCCGAUAUCCGAAGGUUUACUUAUCAUGGUUCAGCUGCCAACCACCGUCCUACCUUUCAGUAGUAUUGCAAAGGAAGGGGAGGAGGAUGAAGAUGAGGAGAUAUGCUCACUUUGCAAUUGCCUGGAAGACAUGACAUUCACGCGUGAGACACCGUCAGGACGCUAUGGUGGCUAUAGUUUCCGAACUUGCAGAAUGAAAAAGUCGAGAGUUCAGGCAGCCUACUUCCACAAAGGUUGCCAUCAGUGCCCCAGUAUAUCUCAGGAUCUACUCUGCGUUGUAUGCAAACACAUGAGACUCAGGCACCUAAUACAGUGUAUACUAUUAGCCGACUCUCUCACUGAAGAAGAAGUGCUGAAUCGCCCUAAACAAUAUCAAUAUCCAUGCAGUCUGGAUACUAUUUCCCUGGAAUUAGGUUGCGCCAGAGACUUAGAAGAACGCUCUAUCUACUGCGACACCUGCCGCUUUUUUUCAGGGACAGCCAAAGAGUUUACAAAUGGAGGCGUCAAGAGCAGCAUCAGUAUCCAGUUGUUUCUGGAACGCCCACGAAAAAAAUUGAAGGAUGAUGCGCUAUCGUCUCAUCGGGAACACAAUAAGCUGUUGGUGGGGGACAAGGCCUUUAUCGGUACAAUAGGGCCUACCCAUGGCCAUCGCCUGGUUUCUACUCCUAUACCCCAACAAGCGGUCGACUGGCAGAAGGUCUCCAAGUGGGUGAGAGACUGCCACUCUGAAAAGCACACGGGUUCUUGCCAGACGAAGCCUGAUGUCUCACGAAUAAGUGGGCUUCGGGUCAUUGACACCAGAAAGAGGUGCAUUACAAUUGCCCCUGGGGCGUGUCAAUAUGCAGCUUUGAGUUAUGUGUGGGGGGCCGUGAGCAGCCUCUUGCAGGCAACGAUGGCAAACAUAGAUCACCUGUCUGAGGAAGGCUCUCUGAACAGCGAUCGUCUACCUCAAACUAUUGAUGAUGCCAUUGUUGCUUGCAGGAAAUUGGGGAUAGAUUAUCUUUGGGUUGAUUGUCUUUGCAUAUUGCAGGAUGAACACCCUGACCAGAAAGCCUACUGGCUCGAUUCUAUGGGAGUAAUCUACGCAAAGUCAUUUGUAACAAUCGUUGCUCUAGCCGGAGAGAAUGCCGACCACGGCCUUCCUGGAGCAGCACUCUCAACACGGCGGCUUUUGUUUUCCGACACCAGAGUUUUCUAUGAAUGUUACCACACCGAGCAUGUCCAAGCUGAUUUUUAUGGUAAGAGGUAUGAUGUAAAAAUUGCACCGAUUCCUCUAUUCUGUUACUCAAGGAUGGUAGAGGAUUUCACAAACAGGGAUCUUACCUGUGAGAGUGAUGUGCUUCGCGCAUUCGCAGGCGUUCUCCACACAAAUUGGGGACAAGAGUGUUAUUAUGGACUACCCCUGAGAAUCUUCAGAGAUGCAAUUCUCUGGACGGCAGUGAACAAAAUUCAUCCCAGAAGGCAUGCAGCACCCGGUGAUGUGUUUCCCACCUGGUCGUGGUCUUCAAUUAAAGGACCCAUCGAGAUGCGUGAGGCAAUCCGGACAUCCCUAGCAAUCUGGGCAGUUCCCUCUAGGUCGAGUCAUCAACCAGAUCUCCAAUUCAUCACAUAUAGUGUAUGGAACGCAGGUAAACUCGAGGAAUUAAAGAAGCCGAAGUUCGAGAAAGAGGUUGACGAAAAGGUGAAAGUAUUAUAUCUAAAUGAAAAGGAACAAAGACUUGCUGCGAUAUUGGCCUGGAAAUCACAUGCACAGCUUUGUGAAGAGGCUCAUGGAAUGUUAGGGAAUGAUAUGCGUGAGCAAGAUAUGAACGCGCGGUUUCCUUCAUAUAUGCGUCAAGCAUGUUCUUCCGGGUCCAUCUUGGUCUAUACGCAAUCACUGAAUCUCAACCAACUCAGACUGGGUAAGAAGAGUCAAAGGUAUUACGAGGAGGAAGUAUUCGUCAUUGAAGCUGGCGAUUUCGUGGCCGAAGUAAUCACUGGCUCACUCAACAUGGAACGAAUCAACCUUGUUCAACAAAAAGACCCCAACUCUCAGUUUACCUUACUCGCUCUCUCUGUCACGCACAAUGAUGGUGAUAUGUCUAGUAUGUGUAUGCCUGCGAUACCACGAGAGUAUGUUUGGUGGGAUUGUUCUGCGAGACGAAAAAUGCUUGAUAAUAUUGACGGACCCUCGAGUAUUGAUGAUAUUUACCGGCCCCUGAGAAUUGAACUCAUGCUCGUGGAGACGGAAAAUGGCGUUAGUCGGCGUGUUGGGUUGGCAUGGGCCUAUCUAAAGAGUUGGAUAGACCAGGGCCCUCAGUUCCGUACAUUUCACCUUGUGUAG